AUGGCAUCCCGCAUCCUCUACAAGACAUUGCCAGGCUUGGAUCCGCUGGUGGUCGAGUACAUAGCCAGCUUCGUCGAUGACGACACGAAUGACGCCGAUUCGGAGGAGCUCGAUGAUUUGGUCAGGCCGACGCUCGAAAGUGAAGGCGUCAGCGAGGCAGACAUGGUCACUGUCUGCACGGAGCUCAGAAGACUUCUGUCCGGCAAGACUACGAACGGCUAUCACGUGAAUGGCGGUCCCAGGGAACUCGAGCACGUCGUCGCUAUGGACGCUCAGCCUGCAAUGUCAAAGAGUGGCCUCAUGCUCGGCAGCGUCGACAUUGAAUCGGCCGGCAAGUCGAGAGAGUCGCAGGUAGACAUCCGCAAGCUAGAAAAGGCAGAGGCCAAGAUCAAAGCUAAGAUGGACAAGCGAUCGAAGAAAAAUCUGCCAGAGUUAUACGAAUCCUCGAAGCUUGUGGACGCUGCCCGGCAGCGCAAAGAGUAUGAGGACCGCUACAUGGCUGUCAAUCCUUUGCAGACCGGUGCUGCAAAGGGCAAGAGCAAGGACAUCCAGCUCGACAACAUCGAUGUCAACUUCGGUAGCAAUCGCAUCCUCUCCGGCGCAACUCUCACCCUCGCUCACGGACGACGCUACGGUCUCGUCGGCCGCAACGGGAUCGGCAAGUCGACCCUGCUGCGCACGCUCGCGUUCCGUGAAGUUGCUGUGCCCACGCAUCUGUCGAUCCUAUACGUCGAGCAAGAAGUCUUGGGCGAUGACACAAAUGCCCUGGAGUCGGUCUUGCAGGCCGACGUGUGGCGUACGAGGCUCUUGCAGGAACAGGAAGAACUUAAUGCUAAGCUAUCCGGUCUCGAAUCACUUCCAAAUGGCAACAAUGGCACUGCAGACAUUUCUGAAGCGGAAGGCUCGACGACGAACACGCGCAAGAAAGAUGAUGCUGCCGUUCGCUUAGGCGAAGUGCAUCAGCUCUUGAUCGACAUAGAAGCUGAGACUGGCCCAUCACGGGCUGCAGAGCUCCUCGCGGGCCUCGGCUUUAGCACGGAUGACCAGAGCCGCGCAACACGUACCUUCUCCGGUGGCUGGCGCAUGCGACUCUCUCUCGCUCGCGCACUCUUCUGCAAGCCGGACCUACUCAUGCUCGACGAGCCUUCCAACAAUCUAGAUCUCAACGCGCUCGCCUGGCUCGAAGACUAUCUGCAAACCUGGCCAAACACGCUGCUCGUCGUCUCUCACGAUCGCGCAUUUUUGGACCGCGUCGCGACAGAUAUCGUGCAUCAACACUCGCAGCGUCUAGACUACUACAAAGGCAAUUUUACGCAAUUUUAUGCAACCAAGAGCGAGCGCAAGAAGAACCAACAGCGAGAAUAUGACAGUCAAAAACAGUACCGCGAACAUCUGCAAGCCUUUAUCGAUCGCUGGCGGUACAAUGCAAACAGGGCCGCUCAAGCUCAAUCGAAAAUUAAAAUCCUGGAGAAGCUGCCUGAUCUCGAACCACCAGAAGACGAUGAUGUGGUCCACUUUACCUUUGCUGAGGCAGACAAGUUAUCGCCGCCAUUGCUGCAGCUCAAUGAGGUCAAGUUCAGCUAUACGCCCGAGCGCGUGAUCGUCGCCGGUGUCAACAUCGAUGUCGGUCUGGACUCGCGCAUUGGCAUCAUUGGCCCCAAUGGUGCUGGCAAGUCCACUUUGCUCAAAAUGCUUAUUGGCCAGCUCGAGCCAUCUCAAGGGCAGCUCAAUCGAAACGGCCGUCUGAGGAUAGGCUAUUUUGCGCAACAUCACAUUGAUGCCCUCGAUGUUGCUGUCUCGCCUGUUGCUUUCCUCAUGAGGCAGCAUCCCGGGAGGACGGAGCAAGAGUAUCGUGCAUUUCUUGGCCACUUUGGUAUCACUGGCAUGACCAGCUUGCAAGUGAUUGGGACAUUAUCAGGAGGUCAGAAGAGUAGGGUCGCCUUCGCAUUGCUCAGCUUGGCCAGACCGCACAUCCUGCUGCUCGACGAGCCCACCAACCAUCUGGACAUCGGUUUGGACGGCCUGAUAGAAGGCCUCAGCAAAUGGAACGGUGGCGUAAUCACCAUCAGUCACGACGAACGCUUCAUCAACGCCUGCUGUAAGCAGCUUUACAUCUGCGCAGAUGGCAAAGUCGAGAUCUUUAAAGGAGAUGUGUCGGCUUACAAGUCACUCAUUGUCAAGAACGCAAAGCUCAAGCCGACUUAG